AUGUCAGACCAACUGAUUACAUUAGUUACUAAAGAAGGAACUAAAAUCACAACUAGUCAUAAUUUCAAAAAUCUCAGCAACCUUAUCCAGAACGUCUUAGAAGACUCAGGCCCAAAUGAAGAAAUUCCAAUUGAAUAUGUCUCUGAAGACACUCUUCGAAGAAUUUUAGAAUUCGCCGAGCAUCAUCAAUUCAUCGCUCCCGCUCCUCCAAAAAAACCGAUCCCAAGCCGUGAUAUUUCAAAAGCAAUCGAAGAUCAAUGAGACGUUUCUUUCAUAAAAUCAUUCGACGACAAUAAAUUGACAGAACUAAUUCUCUCUGUAAAUUAUCUUGAUAUGAAGUCAUUAUUGGAUAUUUGUUGUGCAUGCAUUGCUGCAAGGUUUAAAGAAAGAAGUGUGGAAGAGCUGAGAGAAGAAUAUCAUGUUCAAGAGGAAUUUACUUUAGAAGUUGAGCAAGCUUUAAAAGCUGAGCACCCAUGGGUACUGGAAGCUGAUUAUAGAAAUAAUUAUGAUAAAAGUUAA